AAGACUAUUACCAGUGGCGUUCGAAAAAAUGUCGUUUAAGUUUGAACUGUUGGUGGAAGCGUGCCUUUUGGUGAAAGAUGUUAUCAUAGUGCUGGUGUUAGGAAUACCCAUUAUUUUCCAACGGUUAUUCAAUGCAUUAUUUCCAAAUGAAUUUAAAAAUGUAACAGGUCAACUGGUGUUGAUCACUGGAGGUGGCGGUGGAUUAGGUAGAGAGAUGGCUCUAAACCUCGCAAGUCAUGGGUGCAAUAUUGUUAUCGUGGAUGUGAAUUUGAAAGCUGCUAAAGAAACCUGUGAAGAGCUGCGUGGGAAAAAUGUGUCAGCUUAUGCGUACCAAGUGGAUGUUUCUUCCUACGACGAAGUUCAGGUUUUGAUUGACACUGUCUAUAGGGAAAUCGGGCCUGUAGAUAUUCUAAUCAACAAUGCCGGUCUGAUCCAGUUUACGUUUCUGAAUGACACUACAGUUGAGAACGUCCACCGGUUAAUUGAUGUGAAUGUUAAAGGAUAUAUUUGGACCACCAAAGUCGUGCUGGAGAAAAUGAUGGAUCGAAAGCGAGGGCACAUUGUGGCUAUUUCGUCACUGUCUGGUGUUCAUGCCUUCCCGUGGGCCGUAGUGUACUCCACAUCGAAGUUUGCCGUGAAUGGUUUCAUGGCAGCCGUAGCCGAGCAACUUCGGUUACAAGGUUAUGCUGAUCAAAUCCAAACGACUUGCGUAUGCCCAUACUACAUUGCCACACGAAAGGACAUUGUCGAUUUUCUCCAGAAACCUCGAUUCGAACUAUUGACCACAAAAUACACAGCACGCACCACAGUUGAGGGUAUUUUACGUAACGAAUCCUUUGUAUCAGUACCACCCUUGAUGGACUUUGGGCUUAAGAUUUCACAAUUUUUCCCCCUGAAGGUACAGCAGUUAGUCAGGGAUCAUAUUAUGAGAGAAUAUGAACUACACUCAGCACUGUAAACGUACGAUCACAUUUCUAGACAAAUGAUUUUUCAAUAUUGUUAUUUUAAAGCCAUUAUCAAAGAGCUAAUUUCUCGAUUGUGAUCCAGUCUUUCGAAUUGUCAAAAACAAAUGACUAGGUUGUGGUUGAUCAUAAAUUAGUCAAACGAAACGAAACAGGGUGAAUGACGUUUUCGGCAAUACCAAUUAUCGCCAAGGAAAAGAAGUCCUUGAGUGCUCGAUUUUGGCCAAAAAAUGC